AUGAAAGCAUGGGUGGCUUUAACAUAUUUCCAGCAGCUUGAUGAAAGCUUCGUCAAGCUUCUGGGCGAUUUGACAGAAGAGAAAAUGGGAAGCAAUGGAAGAACAAGUCUUGAAAUUGAAGGGGGCCAAAGGGGAUGCUUGCCUUCAAUGAAUUCUCCUGGUUGUUGGGAGGCUUGCAACAACCAAGAUGAGUUGUUUUUGCUGGGUAGGAACUGA